CUGCGCCGACCCUUGCACUCCAUCGCAUGACACACUCUCUUAAAAGAUGCGGAUUUGGGCGUUGCAACAAGAUGCCUGCGUAGAUCACUAGAUGCUUAACCUGCCGUGCUCGGAAGGCUCUACUCUAGCGAGUUUAUUGUCUAACAGAGUGUAUGGGCGGCGGGGAAUGUGGUGGAGAGGCGGGGAAGCAUCGUUGGAACCGUGGUCACAGUUUUUCCCACGCGGGGCGGAGCGGGUGAGGAGCGGCGCGGCGCCUCAGUGUUCCCGCGGCCCCGGAGGUGACCAUGGCGAAAUUCAGAUUCCCCGGCAAAGCUUUAAAACUCAACACCAGAAAGAGAGUCCGAUUUCGAGGGAGUCCUGCCGCCCACACGCCCGAGGAGCUGUACACCCGCAGGAUACGCAAGGGCCUGGACCUCUUUACGCAGAUAUUCGGGGACUCGGACGAGUUGAGUGGGAGUGGCGAGGUAUAUGGUUCCAGGAGUAGAGAGGAUGAAGAUGAGUUUGAGGGUUUUUUAUCAUGCCAGCCAGAGGCACGGGUGGCUGGACAGGCGAAGAACGUGCCACCAACUAGAUCACGGGCCGGGAAGCGGACGGCCCAGCGGGCGGAGGAGGCGAGUGUGUCCCUGGAGAAGGUGUGCGUGGCAAUGGAGGAGGCGGGGGUGGCCACUCUCAGGAGGACCAGUGCUGUGCAGGGGGCGGCCAGUGAGGCCAGGGACGGGGGGGGCCGGGGCAGGACAGAGAGUGAGAGUGUGAGGGAGAGCAGUAGUGUUGUGGUCGCCGCAGCUCAGGAACCCCCGGUGCAGGACCCCUCACACGAGCCGCGGCGGGGGGAGGGGGAGGAGCGUGCGCAGGGGCAGGGGGCCAGACCAUGGCCAGUGGCGGCGGCUGGCAACCGUGUGACGCGUAAGCAGGCUAACCACCGCCUGAGUGGCCGGCCCCCCACGGUGAAGACAGCGCUGGCCAAGAAGCUGCUUGCCAAGGCCAAAGCCAAGAAGGCGCCGUCGCUGCCGGCCGUGGGGGAGAAGAGCCCCAAGCGCUUCAUCCUGCCCACCAUGAGUGUGCGUUCCUCCCGCAUCAUCAAGCCCAACAAGCGGCUCUUUGCCGACAUCACGGAGAUGUGCGCUGCGGGGGGGCCAAUCGAGACCAGCCCAGGGGCGGGGGAGGCAGAGGGGGAGGAGGGCAGCGGCACCCUGCCCAAGAGACUCGUCAGGCUGACUCGCAAGGGUCGCGGGUCACACACACAGUUCCUGUCUCUACCUCGCUCCCGGGCCCAGGAUGAGGAGAACGCGGUGGCCGGCAUGGACGGCGUGCGUCGCACCAUCUCCAUCUACACCGAGGCCAUGACGGGGCCAUGCAAGGGCCAGGUGGGCCGGCCCCCCAAGCGGUUCCUGCGCCGCCCCGAUCCCCCGCAGCCGGAGGUGGAGGCCGAGCCACCGGACUCCCCGCAGCGCUGCCACCCUAAGGAGUCCAGGGUCAAGGAGAAGAUUGAGAAGCUGCUGCGCUCACCCUGGGACAACAGGCUCAAGCAGACGGCCAAGGGCACGGGUAAGGGUGAGGCUGACGACCUCCUCCCCGCUCUGGCCACCUCCACCCCCACCACUUCCGCUGCCGCCGCCGCCGCCACCUCCCCCACGCCAGCGGCCUCGGCACUCUCCCGCAGCAUCCUCCGAGAGCCUCGCCUCAACCUCAAUAACAAGACGCUGCAGAGGUUGCGGAAUCCAGUCUCCCUGCAGAGGUUUAUUCCCACCUGUGAUGGAGGGAGUGUGUCGGGGAAGUGUGCCGUCUGUGAUAUUGCCGGGGAACACUUCACCAAGUUUGGCGUGCUGUUCUGCACGGCAUGCAGCGCCUUCCUCAACAAAGUCAGCUCAGGGCCCAAGGAGGUGGUGGAGUGCCUGGGUGGCAGCAGCAGCAGCAGUGGGCAGGAGUGCCAGCUGGGGGGGGAGGAGGCAGAGGAAGAGCGGUGCCAUGCAUGCUGGCUGCAUCGGGUGCUGACCUGCUGCUCCAUCAACAACAUCCUGCACGACCACCUCAGGAAGCGGCUGCCGGCACACCUCAAGGAGCGCGUCCCCACCAGCCUGGCACGCUGCAUGAGUGUGGCCGGCGCCACGCCGCCCCUGGAGAAGGACUCCGAGCUGGCCAGCCACAUGAAGCGCCUCCCCCUCGACCCUGGGGGGGGCGGCGCCUUUGGCUCGGUGAUGGACCUGCCGGGGGGGUGGCGGCGCAGGAUUGGGCCGGAGGUGAUCGUGGAGAGCCCCAGCGGCGAGAAGUUCCGCAGCGUACAAAAGCUGGAGGAGUUCCUCAAGAAGCAGGGCAUCAGGGCCGACGCGCGGGUACUGUUUGGCAACAGCAGCGGCGGCGGGGGGGGCAGCAGCCCCAUGGCAGGGCAGGGCACAGAGGCGCGUAGCAAGACCUCCACCCCCAGCACCACUGGGGGCUCCCGGGGCAAGGUGGUGAUGACCACACUGCCUGGCGGCUGGACACGGCGGAUCAAGUGGCGGUCGGCCGGCGACCGGUUCGACACCUACGUAUACAGCCCGGACGGCCGCACCUUCCGGUCCAGGCGGGAGCUGAGUGCCUACUUCACCCACAUCGGCAAGGUGGAUGACAUCCACAAGUACUUCCCCGUUGUGACCGGCCUGUCAGACGCCUCACUGCCCAGCUCCAGUGACACCUCCGGCUCCUCCAGCACCGAGCCCGUUUCUAGCUCAGAGCCGUGCUCAGAGUGCGAGACAGACCGGCCCAGGAACAAGUUCAUCCGGCCCUCGCACCUCAGCAAGGCCAAGGAGCCCCAGGCCAAGGCGGGCCGGGCGCAGGGCCAGGGGGGUGAGUUCCCGGGCGGGGCUGCAGCCACAGAGCCGGGGGGCGGGGACAGGACCAAGCAGAAGGUGCCGCCCUCCAGGGGCAGGUUGCUGCUGGCGCCAAGGGUGAAGGAGGACACCAGCCUGACGGACACCACGGAGAGUGAGUCUGAACAGCGCAAGGCCGGCAGUGUGCAGACCUUCUCCAAGGCGUUCUCCAGGAGCAGGUCCAGGAAAUCAAAAGUGGUGGACAGUCCUCCACUGUUUGGCACCAACGGCUCCUUGGCCACCCCGCCCCAGCCCAGCACCGCCGCCAAGACUCCAAGCAGUCCUCAGGGAAGCCCGAAAGAUGCUGUGGCUGCCAAGGAGGCCAAGAACGGGAAGCUCUCAGGUAAAAAACACAAAAAGACAACACAGGAACAGGACAUGGCGGCCACCCCCGAGGCCGGCAGGCAGGAGCCCACCGCCACCGCCGAGGACAGUAGGAGUGGCGGCACCAAGGCCUCGCUGGGCAAGAAGCUCAAGAGGGCGGCAGAGCGGGUCAGUCCCGUCCCCCCGCAGCCCGCCGAGCCCGUGGCGGUGCCCAGGGUCGCCGAGGCCAAGCCUGCCGCCAAAAUAGUGCUGAAGAUCCCCAAGAAGGUCAUCAAGAUGAAGCCAGUCAGGAAGAAAAUAAAGAAGCGAGGCAAGCGCUUCAAGAACAUGAAGGUCCUGGCCGUCAAGGAGGAGCAGCCUCCGCUUCUGGAGAACAAGAGCUUGGAGACUCGGCCGCUGGCGGACUCCAGGAAGCCGUCAGACAUGACUCAGGGAAAGUUGUCCGGCCAGGAAGGCGAAGAGGACGCGGCCGAACUCGAGUCUGACAGCCUGGUGGACUACGACAUGACUGACGACAAGUCCAGGGUGAUGACCUCACCCAGCAUGUCCGAGGGGGAGGGCGGUGCCUUCAGGGUGCCGGCGCUGAAGGUGGCCAAGCCACAGAAGUCCAAGAAGUACGAGACACAUCGCUUUGGGCAGGGCUGGACACGCAAGAUCCGCUGGAAUGAGCGCGGCGAGGGGCGCGUGGCCCUGCUGCGCAGCCCCGACGGACAGUCCUUCCGCUCCAGGAUAGAGCUGAGCGCCUACUUCAAGAAGGCUGGCCGGCCCCGCGUGGACCUGGACCACUACUUCCCCCUACUGCUGCACAGAACCUCCGGCCUGGUGGCGGCGGCGGCGGCGGCAGGCAGGGACGCCACGGCCCUGCUCACCUCCACCUCCACACAGUCCUCUGAGACCAGCGAGUUCUCUGACAGCGACGCCUUCGUCAAGACCUCGGAGGACUCGUGGGGGUCGGGGGAGGAGGGGCGGCGGCAUAUGUCCCGCCCCGUCAAGUACCUGAGGGCGGUGGGCGGCCGGGGCAGGCUGGAGGACUUGGCAGAGGACGCGGCAGCGGCCGUGCCCUACUACAACUCAGGCAAGCCUUCCUCCUGCCUGCAGCCCUUCCAGGAGGAUGGCCGCAAGCUGGUGCUGCCCAGCAAGGGGGGCAAGAACAUCGCCAUCACCAUACAGGAGGUGAAGCCCGUCCUGGGCCUGGCCGCCGAUGUCAAGUCCGAGACGGAGGACGGGGAGGAGCUGCUGGACGAGGCCGGGGGGCCGCGCGUCAAACACGUCUGCCGCAGCCAGGCUCAGGUCUUGCGCAUCACCCGGGCCGUCUUCCCCUCACCCAAGAAGGAGGAGGACGCAGCGAACGGCAGCAGCGUGGCGCCCAAGCUGAAGGGGGACCAGAAGAGGAAGAUUGUCGUCACCACCACCACCACCACCAGCAGCAAGGGCCUCCGCAAGACCCAGUGGUGCAGCAAGUGUCCGGGAUGCACCACACCGAACUGCCUCAAGUGUUCAAACUGUCUGGACAUGAAGAAGUAUGGCGGCCCGGGCACCAAGAAGAAGCCAUGCAUCAUGCGGAAGUGUCAGAACCCGAGACUGUCCUCCAUCAAGUCCGGGGGCACGCAGGAGUUGGUGGGGAAGAUCAUACCCAUCACCACCAUCUGCACCACCACCACCACCGUCACCACCAUGGCAUCUACGUCCCCCAGCGCCAACACCCACAACAAGGACCUACGCAAGGGGUCACUGUUGAACCUGAAGGUGCUGGAGGAGAAGACAGAGGUUGGGGAGGGAGAGAGCGACAGCACGGCCAAGUCCCUACAGCAGGAGAAGGCCGGGGGAGUCUUCAUCCCUCGGCAGAUGACCCGAACGCAGCCAGAUCAAAAGGACCGUGGGGACAUCGCCGCAGGGAAGCAGUUCGUGCCGGGCGCUCUGGUCAACAUCGACUACUGGCAAGGCUACGACGCAGACGAGAUGAUGCUGACCGGCUACCCCGUCACCACCGCCUCGCCGCUCCACCCCCAGAUACUCUGCUUCCGCUGCGGCUCACUCGGCAAGGAGCAGCUGCUGUACUGUGCCUGGUGCUGUGAGGGCAUCCACCCGUACUGCCUGGAGGAUGGCGAGGGCCCGGAGUCUGAGGCGGAGGAGGUGUUUUGGAUAUGCCGGAGGUGUGCUGUGUGCCAUGUGUGUGGGGCGCCCGGGGCAGACUCCCUCCUCAGAUGCUCCGACUGCCGUAACUACUACCAUCUGGAGUGCCUGGGACCCACAGCACAUAGCACCUGCCAGCCCACCCCCGACCGCCCAUGGAAGUGUGUGACCUGCACGCGCUGCACCAGCUGUGGCAGCCCCAGCGUGGCGCGCUGGGAGAAGGUGACUCAGAAGGCCAGGCCCCUGGAGGUGUGCCUGUCUGAAGAGUCCUCCUCCUCCUACCUGGCCCUGUGCCUGCGCUGCGCCACCCUCAGGGAACGCGGCAACUUCUGUCCCCUCUGCAAUGGCUGCUACGAAGACGACGACUACGAGGCCAAGAUGAUGGAGUGCGGGCGCUGCCGGGAGUGGGUCCACGCCCACUGCGAGGGCCUCAACAACGAGCGCUACCAGAUCCUCAGCUUCCUGCCGGACACCGUGGAGUACGUCUGCCGCAGCUGCACGGUGAAGAGCACCUCCAGCUGGCUGGACGCCGUCAGCAGUGAACUGCUGGCGGGCUGCGAGGCUGUCCUGCAGGCCCUGCUCAGCAGCAGGUGUGCCAAGCACCUGGUGAAGAGGGACACCUCUGCCAAACUGUCUUCCUCGGGCAUCCUCACCCCAGUGCCUCCGUCUGGCACCCCAACCCUGGACAAGACUGACGAGGGAGCCCUGGAGAAGAUGGAGGAGGAGCAGGCCCUGUGUGACAUGGCAGCAGCAGCAGCAGCUAACACCUCAUCAGGGUGUGUGGAGCCCUCAGAGUACACUCCAGUGGCCCUCCCUUACCCAGAGCUGGGCACCUCCCCAACAGACCUGGCAGCGCUGGGACCACAGCUGGCGGGUGUGCGUGGGCUGGCUGUCGCCACUCAGGCAGCAGACGUCCAGGCCAUGGAAUUGGACACGUUCGGCCAAGAGCCCAGUUCCUUGGCCGGUGAAGCAGCAGGGAAGCCCUGCCCCGGCCAGACAGAUGACGGAGCAGAGGACACAUCUCAGGGUGCAGCAGGUGGCCUGAAGGCCGCUGCUGAACAUACACAGUGUGCGCUGAGCAGUGGGGCGGAGGCAGGGGCCGGUGACAGUACUGUGGCAAGGAGUGGUUGUGUCGACGCCUCAGACAAAACUGAUCUCAAAGAAAUGCCUCUCAAGGAUAAGUCUGAAGAGGAGGCUCAGCACCAGCUGCCACGCAGACAGACCCGCUCCUCCACUGCCGGCGGGGCGGUGGCCACUGCAGACCCCAUCAGGCUGAAGGAGUGCUCCGUGCGGCUGGAGGACAUUUGCAAGACCAAGUCUCCGGCGGCAUCACCGGUCAAGAGUAAAGCAGCAGACCAAGACACGGCGGCAGGGACAGAAACAUCAGCGGCCCAAGAAACAGCAGAGCCACCGCCACUGCCUCAGGAAGCCGCCACGUCACAGGAGACUGAGGAUGCCAACACCAGGAAGGAACCGAAGGCCGCCAGGCCAGUGGAGGAGAGACAGCCGGUGGAGCUGACGCGCGAGGCCCUGCAGAGCCUCCUGCCACUGGCUGAGACGGGGGUGUCCUGCACCCAGGUGGACGGCCCCAACGACGAGACCACCGCCACGUCGCGGGUGAUGAGGAACCUCUUCCUGGGGGAGCGCGGCCAGAUGAUGCUGGACCCCGGCAGCCUGCUGGAGGCCAAGGCAGAGAGCAGCGCGGAGGAGGGCAGCCUGGCACAGGUGGAGGCCCAGAUCAUCAGCCCCAAGGACAAGAUCACCAAGGACAUCGACGACGACUGCGUCAGCAGCGAGGAGAGCUCCUUCUGCGACACGGACACAGAGAUCGAGAGCAUCCAGGAUGACCCCGAGGAGCCGCGGGACCUGCUCUCCGUCAAGGACAAGCUGAAGGAGAGGAAGUAUGAGUCCGUGCUGCAGUUCCACGUGGACAUGGUGCGCAUCAUUGAAAACGGCCGCCACCUCAACCGCAGCCAAAUCCGCAACGUGCAGACCACCUACGCCAAGCACAUGAAGGAGUGCUUUCCCUGGUUCGACGUGAAGGCUGCCAACGUGUUCGAGCUGGUGGACAAGCAGCGGCCCUUCCCCGUGCCCCACGCGGACCACAGCUACAUCACCCGCACGCUGGUGUCUGGCUCGCGCCACUUCCCCCUCAGCGACGCACCCAUCUUCAGGAAGCGCUCGGCCAGCCCAGCCAAGGGGAUGCUUCUGGCCCCACCCGACCGCCGCAAGUGUGUGCUCUGCAGCCGCGAGGGCGACGAUGACCCCAACUCCUCCGGCCGCCUGCUGUACCUGGGCCAGGACGAGUGGCUGCACGUCAACUGUGGCCUCUGGUCCUCAGAGGUGUACGAGGAGGUGGACGGCGGCCUGCAGAACGUGUACCUGGCAGUGAGCCGCGGCCGCCUCAUCAAGUGCUCGGCCUGCCUGGAGCGCGGCGCCACGGUGGGCUGUUGUCAGAAGUCCUGCCAGGCCACCUACCACUUCAUGUGUGCGCGCCGCGCCGCCUGCCAGUUCAUGGAGGACAAGCGCAUCUUCUGCCCCCAGCACGAGAACACCGCCAACGGGGCCGAGAAGAGCGACGACUUCAAGGUGAGCCGCUGCGUCUUUGUGGACAUGGACUGCGAGAAGAAGAAGUGGAAGCAGGUGGCCGGCAACCGCGUCAGCAUCACGCUGGGCGCCCUCACCAUCAAGAGCCUCGGCCGCAUCAUCCCAGAGUCAGACAGCGCCGAGGCGCUCAUCCCGGUGGACUUCGUGUGCAGCCGCCAGUACUGGAGCACCCUAGACCCCGGCCGCCGGGUAACCUACACCUGCCGUACUCGCCGCGUGGUGCCGGCCCUGGGGGACGCCCUGCUGCCGGGUGACGCGGCCUUCCACAAGACGGUGGACCACUCACUGGGGGAGGAGGCAGUUCAGCAGGAGAUGGCGGCCAUCAAGAAGUGGUUCAAGCAGCUGGAGGAGCGCAAGGUGGAGAGGAAGAGCCGGGAAACCAACAUCAUCCCACCAUACCUCUGUCCCCUCUACCGCAGCAUCCGGGAGAAGGAGGAGGAGGCGGCGGGCACAGCCGCCCAGGAGGCGCGGUGCCGCACCCCACCGGCCCUGGUGGAGCUGGACGUGCGGCAGUGCAUCGAUGAUAUCAUGGACAAGGUGAGCCGCUCGGUGGAGGAGGAGAGCCUGCUGCUGGACACUGACCUGCCGGCCAUCGUCAGCACCAUCGACGACAAUGAGCUCAUCUCCAUGGUGCUCAACGACCUGGACGCCUGCGACCCCAUGCCCCUGGAGUCCACGCCCUCCACCUCAGGCCGGCCCAGCCCACUGGACAUUGACUUCCUGAGCACCUGCGAUCAUAUGAUGGACUCAGGGAAAGAGACUCACUCAGGAACCAUGACUCAGGAGGCUCAGGAACCAGACUGUGACCCUCAGGCCAUCAUGGACCCCGACGCCCCAACCCUUGCCCCGGCCUUCCCCGACGGUGACAUCAAGGACCCCAUCCUGCAGACCCUGCCGCCCCCCACCACCACCCAGGACCCCGGCAGCCAUCACACCUGCCCCGGCCUGGACCCACUCCCCCACACAACCAACACCACCUCUGACUCAACCACCGACUCAACCACCGACUCCACCACCGACUCCACCACCAACGCUGACCAUGACAUGCUGGCCCUAAACCAAGCCAGUGCCGCCACCAGUGCCAGUGUCAGCGGUGGUGCCAGGGACGGCUGCAGCCCCUGUGGCAACCAGGGCAAGAGUGGCGGCGGAGACAGCAGCACCAGCAGCAGCAGCAGUAGUAGUAGUAGUAGCAGCAGUAGUAGUAGCAGUGGAGGCAGCAGCAGCAGCAGCAGUAGUAGCAGCAGCAGCAGCAGUGGCAGCAGUAGUAGCAGUGAAGCAUCCUGCGUAGUCAGCCCCGCCCCAAUUGGCCCCGGUAGCCCCGACCGCUGCUCUGAGGGCAUGGCCAGCCACACCAGCAGCCCCGAGAGUGUGUCGCAGGCCAGCUCCGACCACAACACCAGCACCGACACAGGCCACGGCAGCACUGACAGCAACAGUGGCAGCGAGACAUCCUCGCAGGGCUUCAUCGGCAAGAGCCCCGGCGCCUCCGCCUCCGCCAAGACCUCCUCCUCACUCAAGCAGAUCUGCCGGGUGCUGCCCAUGCCCUCCGCCGCCAGCCGCCGCUCCUCCUCCACGAGCGAACACAGCGACUCAUUGCCACACGGAGGGCAGCCCCCACAAGGCUCCCAGCAGUCCCCACGGCACUCAGACGAGAACGAGGGGGCCGGCGCAGGUGGGAAGGGCGGCAGCAGUGGUGGCGGCGGUGAGCGCAAGAAGAUCUGCAUGAAGAGAAACUACCGCACGGUGAUCAAGAAGUACCCGCUGCGCAGCGGCAUGCGGAAGAGCAAGCCGUACGAGACCGUCCAGAUUGAGAUCAACGAGACCAUCGAGAUCCCCGGCGGCGAGGGGCCAGACAUGGUGCACAAGAGCCUCAAGCGGAAGUGGAGCGGCAUCCUGGACUCCGAGGAGGAGGAGGGGAACUGCCAGAAGGAGGCGUCAGGGCGGCCGCAGGGCCAGGAUGAGAAUGCCGGCCCUGGCAGCGACGGCGACAACUCCAAGGAGAACGCCGUCUCCAAGAAGGUCCUCAAGUUCUCGGACGACAACAACGACAUCACGGUGAGCAUCGUCAACAACAACAACAACUUGUGCGAGUUCUCCAAGUCCCGCGGCCACCGCUACCGCCACAAGACAGUGCUGCAGCUGGACGGGGCCGCCGACGGCUCCUCCUCCAGUGCGGAGAUGAGCGAGAGCCAGGACGAGGGCACGGGCGAGGAGAAGGCAGCCACCGCGCACUCCCCCGGCCAUGACGGCCCCCACACGCCGCCCCUGCAUGCCUCCCUGGCCAUGCGCAUCAAGGAGCAGAGUCUGGCGCGCAGCUCCCCGGGGGAGGAGGGGCCGUACAAGUGCUCCAAGUGCAAGAGGCUGUACAGGACCAAGGAGAGCUGCGAGAAGCACAUAGAGACAUGCACCUUUGAGGUGGACAGCUCCAGCACGUCGGAGGAGGAUGAGGAGUAUGAGGACGACUUCCACUCUGAGGAGGACACCAAGGAGGGCAUGGUGGAGGACCUGGCGGAGCCCCCGUCUCCCAGGGCGGAGGCUGCCAUGCCCCUCCACUACCCCCCCGGGCCCAGCGUGGGGAACCUGCUGCCCCAGCCCCCAGGGCUGUCCUCUGGCCAGCACUCCACGGAGGGCCAGGAGAUCUCCCUCAUCAACGACCUUGUCUCCAACAUUGAGCAGGGCCUGCCCAGCCUGCAUGGCACCGCGCCACAGCAGGCAGAGGACCCCAAGGCCCUGGACCACCCCCGGGGUGAUGCCGGGGCCGGCGAGGAGCCGGCGGCCAAGAAGCAGCGUCUGGACCCUGUUCUGCCCCGGCAGCCCGGGGUGCACCGGCAGGUGAGGACAGCCAUCAAGAAGUCCCCCAGCAGCGGUGAGGAUGUGGAGCUGCUGGGGGUAGUGCGGGGGCCGCCGCCCCCCGGGGCCGAUGUGUUUGUGCCGCCACCUGUGUCGCCGGUCAAGUUCAGCCCCAUCGUAAAGAAGAGCGCCAGCCCCCGCCGCUACACCAACGUGCGCCUCAUGCGGGGCAGCCGGGGCUACCAGUACCGCCGGGCGGCCCCGCUCAUGCCCCCCCAGGACCACUACCACGGGGCCGCCACCUCCAGCCUGGCCCUGCCCCUGCCCGCCACGGCCCCGGCCCCCAUCCAGGUGACCAUGCACCCCAUGGCCAGCACCACCGGCCAGCUGCUCACCCAGGGCACGGCCACCUUCCAGCAGUUUGGGAGCCAGUCCACCCAGUACACGCCCACGGCCCAGAUGGCCUCCCCCGUCACCCACCUGAGCCCAGCCCUGCAGGUGGGGCCCCAAGUUACCCAGGUGGCCCCCCAGGUGUCCCCACAGGUCAGCCCGCUGCUCACCAUGGUGUCCACGCCCUCGGUGGCAGUGCCCCAGGGCUACACGCUGCAGUACGUGGGCAGCUUCAGGGACGGUGAGAUGGCCCAGGGUGGCGGCGGCUUGGUGACCUACCCGGCGGCCCCCGUGGUGGUGCCGCAGCCCCAGCUGGUGAUGACGCCACAGCCCAGCAGCGUGGUGGUGCCACAGGUGGUCAACACCAACAUCACCUACUCCUUCACCUCACCAGACACACUGGUCAUCAACCAGCCGACCAUGGUGCCGGGCAUGCAGCCCAUGCAGUACCUGGCACAGCAGCAGCAGCACCAGCAGGCACCACACCCCUCUGACCACCACCACCACCACCACCACCAUCACCACCAGCAGGUGGCACCGGUGAUGCAGUACAGCCAGCCUGGUGUGUCGCCUCAGCCCAGCCACAUGUCUGUGUCCCACAUGCCCACGCCGUGCCUGCAGCUGUCUGACCUGCAGCAGGGCAGCCCCAUGUGCCUGCCCCAGCAGCACCAGCAGGUACAGCUUCCCCUGGCCGUACCGCGGGAGUUGUCAUUUGGCAACGGUAGCAAACAGGUCAUGACGCCCCAGAGCCUGAUGUCCUCCCCCGCCCGGGGCGGCCCUGGCCUGCCCCUCAGCCUGUCCACCGCCACCUCAACCGUCAGCACCUACUCCGUCCCUGCCCCCCGGCCCCGGCCCCAGGCCUCCGUGGCGCCUCAGGUCAUCAGGCCCCAGCCGGCCCAGACCACGGCAGCCCCCCAGGACACCGGCAUGGGGGACACGCAGACACACUCCCGCCUCCCCUUUGCCGACCGGCCCCUGGUAGGAGGCGUGCGCACAGUGGCCACUGUGGCCCCGGCCAUCAUCACCACCUCUGUGGUGUCCAUCUCCACCUGCAGCAUGGCCACUAAGCUCACCUCAGUGGAGACCACGCCCAAGAUCGCCACGGUGCGGCCGCGGCCAACGUACAGCUACCGCGAUGCCAUGAAGGACAAGCAGCAGGAGCGGCAGAAGAACCGGCAGGAGACGCUGCAGGUCAGCACGACGCAGGCCACUGAGGGCCACCCAGAGUUCCUCAAGGAGCAGGAGGGGUCCCAGGCCGCUGCCUCGGACUCUGAGAGCGAUUCAGAGAACGAGAGCGCAUGCCCCGAGGCGGAGGGCAAGGAGGAGCGGCUGGAGACGCAGUCCUACAAGUUGGUGCUGCGCAAGGACAGCACGCUGAGCUCCGGCUUCAACGUGCUGCCCAUCUCCGGCCCCGCCACGCCCCUGCCUGCCCCCGAGGUCAAGGAGCUGCGCAUCAAGGCCAAGGUGUCCGUCGGCCCCAAGAGGAAGAAGGCCAAGAACCGCGACCCCGAGAAGGACCUCAUUGUCGUCAACAAGGACGCCACCAACGACCUCUUCGUCAACGAGCAGCCGCCCAACAUGUCCCUGCAGCCACCGGCGCACACUCCCUCAGAUGACCCCGCCCUCUUUGACAAGCCCAAGACCUGCCCCACUGAGCCCUACAUCGUCUUCGAGCUCACCUCAGACGACGGCUUCCGGGUGGAGUCGCGCCACAUCUCAGAGGUGUGGCAGAAGGUGUUCGAUGCGGUGGCGGCGGCACGUGCCAGUAUGAGGGUGGACUCCAAGAUGCCGUCCAACCUGCAGCAACCUGGCCCAGGCGGCGCCAUGUCUGGCCUGCACAUGCUGGGCCUCACACACAACGCCGUGCAGUACCUCCUGGAGCAGCUGCCCGGCGCAAAGGACUGCCACAAGUACUCCUUCCAGUUCCACCGGCGGCCACAGGAGGAGGGCGCCGUCGAGGAGAACCCGAGUGGCUGCGCCCGCACAGAGGCCUUCAAGACCCGCUCCCCUUAUGACAUCUUCAGCUGGCUGGCCUCCAAGCACCGCCGGAUGCCAGAACGCUCCCUGGUGCAGCAGGAGGAGAUACAGCUGUCCACCAGACGUGCCACCAGCCUGGAGUUGCCGAUGGCCAUGCGCUACCGGCACCUUCGUGAGACAGCCCGGGAGGCAGUGGGGGUGUUCCGGUCCAGCAUCCAUGGCCGGGGACUGUUCUGCAAGCGGGACAUUGACGCCGGGGAGAUGGUCAUUGAGUACGCCGGCCAGGUGAUCCGGUCAAGCAUGUGUGAUAUGAGAGAGAAAGAUUACGAGUCCAAGGGAAUCGGCUGUUACAUGUUCCGCAUCGACGACGACACGGUGAUCGACGCGACCAUGCACGGCAACGCGGCACGAUUCAUCAACCACUCCUGCGACCCCAACUGUUACUCGCGCGUGGUGGACAUCCUCGGCAAGAAGCACAUCAUCAUCUUUGCCCUGCGGCGGAUUCUGCGCGGCGAGGAGCUCACCUACGACUACAAGUUCCCCAUCGAGGAGGACAAGAUACCCUGCACCUGUGGGACCAGACGCUGCCGGAAGUACCUCAACUAGACCCCAGACCACACAGGACCGGCACUACACGACUGCCCAGAGCACGCAGCCGGGUCAGGUCAGGUCAGGUCAAGCCACAGUUGUAUUGGGCUGAAGUAGGUCAUUUGGAACACUGAUUAGACCACCACCCUCCCCUCCCUCCACUCCUCCCGGUCACCUCAGUUGCCAGAGUGGCUUGCGGGUGACCUCCUCCAGUCAGGUCAACCCAAUGUGACCUCUGACUGGACCCUCCCUUCCCCCAUCACUAAGGUUGCCAGAGCAGCGUCCAGAGCAGCCUCUCCGAUCUCACGGGAUCAUCUGUCCACAUCAUCUGAGGCAGGUCGACGCACGGUGCUGGCCUGCCUCGCCCCCCCUCGCCCCUCUGCUGGGAUAUGCGUAACAGCCCCUCCCCCCACCCCCCCAGGUCCCUCAAGUGAAGUAACUCAUAGUAUACUCUUGUGUGCUGAUGUCAUUUGUUCCUCUGCUUAGGCUAAGUUUUGUCUACUGAAGCCCUCCCAGAGGUGCCCCCCAGAGUCCUCGAAGUUCCUCAGUGCAUCCCAGGUGAAGGUUCCUCAGACCCUUGUGUUGUGCCGCGGCCAGCCGUUGGCGUCGGCACCAACAAACACACGCACUAGGCUUUCCAGUUGCACUUGUUACGAUGAGCAUGCAACUUUUUGGUGUACUCUACUGUUGCCGUUGUUUUUAAUCGUCGCUCUCGGUUGCCGUCUUGACACCCGAAGGAGGAGGCGGAGCGGCGUGCGUUGCGUCGGCCCGCGGCGGGAGAACGGACGCACAGACGCACGCACGCACCGGGUAAGAGCGUGAGCAGUUUCCGUUUGUUGUGUUUUAACGAUUAUUUUCACCUUCUCAGAAAUAGCUGACAUACCUCAUCUUGUGACCCCUAUGUAUAGUGACUCGUAGAAAUCUCAGCGUGCUGGGAGCGUGUGUGUCUGGCGUGGAAAGACGAGACUCAGUUCCUUCUUGAGUGAGGCCGCUGCAAGUGCUGAGAGAGAGAAUGAGUGAGAGAAUGAGAGAGGAUGAAAGAGAGUGAAAGAGAGAGAGAGAGAGCGCUUCCCCCCCCGGCCGCCGUGCCUGUGUGGGGGUGGAGCGGCUGCCUCUGAGGGCGGAAGGCAAGGCGAAGUACAGGUAACUAUUAUUGGAAAACCAGAGACCUCGGAGUGCAUUUGGCAUAAUCAUGCACCAAUUCCUAUAAUUUAAGUAGAUGUUUAAUUAGAUCACAAUCUGCAUUAUACUUUGUGAUUCUUAGCGACCAAUGUGAUAAAGUACAGUGAUCCUGGGCCGCCGUAGCUUUCCCGGCAGUGGACUCGACGCCUCACGGCCGGGGCGCCACAGGGGCGUCCCGGCCGAACCUCUUCAGGACAAAUACAGUCACAAAAACCCUUCACGCAUUUUGUACGUGCCAGAACCGCUUGUCUCGGAGCCAAACAAAAGGCUUGUACACUAAGGCUUGUAACCACAGCUGUCAGCCGGCACACCACCACUGGGCUUGUCACAUACUUGUAAUAUAAAGCAGCACCACCACACUCACUGGACCCAUCGCCACACAGGGAACACAGCAAGGCAGCUCCCAGACCUCAACACACACACACACACACACACACACACACACACACACACACACACACGCACACGGGGGCCUGGCCUGGCCUACCGAGGGAGAGAUUGGUCUGCUGACUGUGGCGGCUGUUGUCGUCUGUAUUGUUGACAGUUGUUUGCUCUAGUGUGAUCCUUAUCAGGACUCUUAAUUACCUUGCAGUUUGAGGAUUCCUAGCGUAGGAUACAGGAUUGUGUACAUAUAAGCUGAAGAGUGGCGUGGUGCACAAUCAAGAAUUAUCAAAAGUAUUAAGGUUACUGCUGCGGGAACACCUGCGUCCCGGCGGGGCUCUGUGUCCCGGUGUCCCCAGGCCGCGAGAGGCCCGGGGAAAACCUCCGAAUCCGACGGAACUAAUUCUAAGAGCUAGAUUUAUCACUGUAACUGCCGGCAUCUUGACGGGAAGCUGAAUCUUGAAGAAGAGAAGAGAAUGUUGACAGACACAAAAGUUAUCAAAUGGUGCUAACAAUAGGUGGUUGACUUGAUUUUUUUCUCUGUUGAGGUAUUUUAAAGUUCAUUAAAGGAAGAAUUAUUGGGCAAGAAACCCAGUGUACCAAACCCUAUAGUGAGAGGUCCAUAGGGGCAAGGCUCCGGCAGCAUGGCGGCGGCACCAGCGGGCCGGUCAGUAUUUAGGGCCACCAGCCCCCUUGUGAUCCCAGUGGCCGUGCCGGGCCGCCCCACGCCGGGCCGGGGCCGCUCUGCCCUGUGUCUGCUGGACACUAAACAGCUACAAGUGAGCAAUAAAAUUAAUAAAGUACUACCAUCCGUGUGCCUAAAUUUUGUGAUAGCUGAACGGUCUUUUUGAAAGAUCACUUUUUUUCAGGGCUCAAGUAAACUAGUGACGGGAUGUUAUAGCGUUAAAAGAUUUCUAAAUAUUUUGCUGUCGGUUUAUUAGUUUGAUAGGCCGCAGCGGCGCUGUGGUAUUCAUUUUGAUAGAAAUUUCAUAGCACUCAUUUCACACAACCAAGACAAGCCAUAGAACCCACCACAACCGAUUAUUGUAACCCGACCACCAAGAUGCAACACGGCAGUCUCGCACCAACCAGGAUUCAUCUCUGUAAAUGUUAUAUGUACAUAUGUAUUUUGGCUUCACCUUUUCAAAUGUGAAUGGAAUGCUUUUGAAAGUGUUUUUAAUGUAAAGAUAAAUAGAGUUUUUAUUUCAUAGAGGAGUUUUAUAUGACGUGUGCUAAAUUUUUUGGAACCACCAACAGUAAUUUGUGCCAUCAAAAGCGAGUACAAAGUUAGCAUUUAGCUGUUCUUGUGACGGGUACGAAUAAAACGAUAUUCCUGAUUUGUACUCAAGAGUACUAAAACUCAAGUUGCAGUACCUAACUUGAGAUUGUCCUAGUUCAAAUGAGGUUUUAUAUCUUAGCGCCAGUCUUGUGGGCACUUUCCGAGUAUUACGGGCAUGAGCUCUGGCUAGGGCAGACUCAAGACAAGGCCUGGAAUUUGGAUACAAGGCACUAGUCACCCACAUGGAGUUUAGUGGCUGUUUUCAGUGGCCAUGCGACGGGUGGUGUUGGGCGGGAGAGCGGCAGGAGUUUGUUUAUUCUCGGACGCUUGGACGAGGCGGCGCCAUCUCAUGCACUCGUGUGGAGGUUGAUACCCUUUCCCGAGGCCACUACUGGGGCAGCUGAGGAAGAAUUCUGAUCCCUAGAGAAGAUUGUAGGCGUAGUAGUGGUAGUAGCAAUGACCCCAGUGAAAUGCAGUAUCCUUGUAAAUUUGUAGCAGUAGUAGUAACUGCAAUGAAAAGCAGUGUCCUUGUAAAUUAGCAGCAGUAGUAGUGUUAGUCUAUCCCUGUCAACACUUGCCUCCUCUAAAUCCGGCCAUCGAUAUAUCGUUCAAAACCCCCGACCUUCACACGAGGGCGUCCGGCGGCCACCGCUCGUCCACGCGCAGUUGACCGGCCUUUGAACCAGCUUGCUCAAGGGUGCUGUGACCGAAGUCUUCUUGAGAUCUGGGGAUUAUUAUUAUGAUUAUUUUAUUUAUUUUUUUUAGACGAGGUUUUUACUGUUUGACCCUGAUUCUUUUUUUUAUAUGUGCAUGUGUGUGUGUGUGUGUAGAAGCUCCCUCUAUGUUGUAUUAUUUUUUGUUCCGCUGUUUGCGUCAUUUCUCCACAAGGUAAUGACAUGUGUGUAUUUUUAUAGUGGUGAUUAUCGUGUGUCACUCAUUACGUUCAGCUCUUAAUAAAAUUGCUUCUUCACUCACACACCCUUCAAAUGGAUACCUUAUUUUAUUUUGUGUUUUGAUUUCUCUCGUUCAAUUUUUAUUCAUAUUUCUGCAUUAUUUUUUUUAUUUCAUGCAUAUUUUUUGGGUUUCCAGUGAAGCUUUGGUCUUAAAAAUUGGCUUCACUCACACACCCUUCAAAUGGAUACCUUACUUUAUUUUGUGUUUUUAUUUCUCUCGUUCGAUUUUUAUUCAUAUUUCUGCAUUUUUUAUUUUUUUAUUUUUUUUUAUUUUUAUGCAUAUUUUUGGGGUUUCCAGUGAAGCUUUGGUCUUAAAAAUUGCUUCACUCACACACCCUUCAAAUGGAUACUUUAUUUUAUUUUGUUUUUAUUUCUCUUAUUAGAUUUUUAUUCAUGUUUCUGCAUUCUUAUUUUUGUUUUAUGUAUAUUUUGGGGUUUCCAGUGAAGCUUUGGUCUUAAAAAUUGCUUCACUCACACACCCUUCACAUGAAUACCUUAAUUUAUUUUUAUUUUUCAAUUUUUAUUCAUAUCUUUACAUUUUUCUGUUCAAUUGUCUAUUUUUUUGGUCUCCAGUGAAGCUUGCUCGAAUAAAAAGGGCUUCGUUCACCCCGGAAGUAAUAUAUAUAUACGUAUUUUUUUUCUCUCAUCUCCUCCCCCCAGUAACUGUGAACAACCCUCGCCUCACUGCCACGGAAAACAGGCCAGUUUGUUUGACUCUUGUCCGAUCCACUUUGGUUUUCAGAGCAAUCAAGGCACAACACCAAUGACUCUUCCAUGUUUCCCUGCCCCACGCCCCCUGUGACCCUCCCUCCCCUGAGUAAACACAGCCUCCCCCGUCCCCCUCCGCCAUCACCCGACAACUCACUCACUCACUCACUAAUAUUGCCACUAAGAGGAGCUGUGGAAUAAUAGUUAGCUUAUAUUUUUAUCAUUGAAGUAACUCGACGCAGCUCCUCGUGGGCGUAAGGAGAAAAUACUGAGGAACGUUUGCCAUAGAUAAUUAUGUUUAAGUCGAUCUUGUAUCAAACUUAAAACCCUUUGACUGCGGGUUUCCUACAAGAAGACAUCACCAAGCUACAGGAAUGGAACAAAAAGUGGCUGCUACAAUUCGAUGACAAAAAAUGUAAUUGGGAGUGGAUAUCCAGCAUACCAGUACCACAUGGGAAACACUCCACUAUCCACCACAGAGGCAGAGAAAGACCUGGGACUAUCUGUUACCAGGCUACCAGUGAAGGCAAAAUCCGUGCCAAUUGCAGCGGCUAGGUUAAAAAGGCAUUGCCAUCUAUAAUUCAGAAAUGUUAAUCUUGUAUGAAAACUAAGAAAGAAUUGCCAUAUAGAAUUGUGUUAAGGUCAACCAGAUAUCAAAAUUAAUGAAAUAUCCAUGCCUCUAAUUGUGUAAAGGUCAAUCUUGUAUGAAAACUAAGAAAGAAUUGCCAUGUAUAAUUGUGUUAAGGUCAACCAGAUAUCAAAAUUAAUGAAACAUCCAUGCCUCUAAUUGUGUAAAGGUCAAUCUUGUAUGAAAACUAAGAAAGAAUUGCCAUAUAUGAUUGUGUUAAGGUCAAUGUGGUGUCAAAGUUAAUGAAAUACCGGUGCCUGUAGCUGCGUAAAGGUCAGUCUCGUAUCAAAACCAAAGAGAUAUUAGUGUUUAUGUAUUUUUUUAUAGCCGUGGGAGCAGCUGAAUGGCACAAACUGAAUAUUUAAAAAUGCCCACUCAGCAUUGCUCCCAUAGAAGAGAUUGAAAUAGAGUGACCAGAGAAUUAAACUUGCAUGCGUAGAAAUGGUGACCUCAUAUCUUUUCUAGUCGGCAAAAUUGGUAGAGGUCAUUAUUUUUUUUUUUCCACUUUUUUCUGUGACCUGGAAUUGACCUUUAUUGCACAAGUAUAAGUGGUGACCUUGUUUCUCCUCAACGGUAAAAUCAGCAAAAAAGGUCAUUAUAUUUUAUUGUUUCUUCUUUUUUCUGUGACCUGGAAUUGACCUUUUUUUGCACAAGUAUAAGUGGCGACCUUGUUUCUCCUCAACGGUAAAAUCAGCAAAAAAGGUCAUUAUAUUUUAUUGUUUCUUCUUUUUUCUGUGACCUGGAAUUGACCUUUUUUUGCACAAGUAUUAAUGGUGACCUUGAUUCUUCUCAACGGUAAAAUCAGUAAAAAAGGUCAUUAUAUUUUAUUGUUUCUACUUUUUUCUGUGACCUGGAAUUGACCUUUUUUGCAUAAGUAUAAAUGGCGACCUCGUACCUUCUCUAAAUCAGUUAAGAAAGACUUAUUUUAAUUUUUUUACUUUUUUCCGCAACUUGAAAUUGACCUUUUUUGUACAAGUAUCAUUGGCGACCUCGUAUCUUCUCCAAACAGCAAAAUCAAUCAAGAAAAAUGUGAAGAAAGUUUUUUUUUCUAUUAUUUCUCUAACAUGGAAUUGUCAGUGGUGCAAAAUUGAAGGACCAACCAACCAACCCACCCCAACCACCCCCCAAUUGAGUGUUGUUGUCAGUGUUAACGACCCCCAACAGUUCUUUGAAGCACAUGUGGUUGUUACAGCAAAUGAUGGGCAUCAUUCCAAGUGUUCCGUAAGUGUUGCUUUCACUUAGGCAAUAAGUUAUCAUACAUACCCUUUUCAUUCCUUACCAAAGAUUUUUUUUUCUUUUCUAUCAUGUUCGUAAUAAUUAUACCAGGCAUCUAGAUUUUACAUAUGUAGUUUUAUUAUUAUGCAUCUGAGUUAUUAUUUACCGACACGCUCCGUCACAGCGCCCGCCAAAACCUGCGCUCGCCACGGCAGCAGCUUCGCCAAGUCUGUCACCGCCUCGGGCUGCGUUACGACAUGCAUUCUUGGCGCGGUUCAGCCCACAGGGGGAAAAAGUGCCGUCAUUCACGACACUUUAUCAACAACUCGCUGACAGUGGCCAAGAAUGCAUGACGCAGCUGCCCUCUCCAUGCCAUCAGGAUGCUCGGGUCCGAGGCAAGGGACGUAAGCUGCAGCCGUACCCCGAGCUUUGUGUUUGGGGGGCGCUGGGCCGGGCCGUGCGUACCCACCCCUCUGUACACUUUGUUUCCCGCUAAUACUAAUGCACGUCUGUACCACAUUUGCACCACAGCUGUUCCACAAAUGUAGCCUAUACCACAUCUGUACAAUAUUGUAACACAUGCUAUCACAGCUCCUAGUUGGAACCCCUCACACUCUCAGUUGGUGGGGGGCGAGGGAGGGCGGCGGGCGGCCUCUUGUCCCAGGGGUACCCGCCCCCCCUCACGCCCCCCACGCAGUUAGCUUCGGGCAGAGCAAGUGUUACUGGGUCACUAAAUAAACUUUUCUUACUGCA